CCGAGCAGGGAAGGCUUGGAUUGAUCCCGGAAAUCCUUUGGGAAUGGUUUGGGAAAAGUUUGGAUCCCAGAAUUCCCAGGGAUUCAGUGGGAUCGUGGAGCGGUUCAGAAUUCCCAGGAAUUUCGGGAUAAAUCCGGAUCAGAGACGGAAAAACUCGGCCGGGAUGGAAUUCCUGGCAUUCCCGGGUUUCCUUUGGAAUCGGGAAUCCCUCAAAGGCAGGAGCCGGGAUGUGCCGGGUGAUCCCAAAAUUCCCGGCAUUCCCAAAAUCCGGGAAUGGGAAAAACGGGAAAAUUCACCCGGAGGGGGCGGAUCCGAACCCGGAUUUAUCCGGAAGGGAAAUCCCGGCGGGAAUCGCCUUGGGAAUGAAAGGAAAGGAUGGAGGAAGCUCCAAAUUCAUUCAGGAAUUAAAAGCGGGAAGGGGAAAAAUCGGGAGCGGGAGCCGAUCCCGGAUUUGUGGCGGAUUCAGGGAGAGGAAUUCCCUGGAAAACCGGGAAUUCUCGCUCCUGGAAUGCCGGGGCUGGAAAAAGGCGGGGAGAUGGAAAACGCUGGAAUUUUGGCGGCGGGAAUGACGGGAUUAUUACGGAAUAAUCCCACGGAAUUUGGGAAUUGUGGAAUCGGUUUUUUACGGGAAAUCCGGGAAUUCCUUCCCGCGUUUCCGAGGCUGGGAAUUCCACAGGGCUGAGUUUCCAACGGGAAAAGUUUUCCUUGGAUUUCUCCUGUAAUUCCUGAGAUUUCCUCGGUGUUGUUCCCGUCCCUCUGGAAAUCUGGGAAUUCCUUCCCGAGUUUCCAAAGCUGGAAUUUCCCUGCCCAAAGGGGCUGAGUUUCCAUUGGAAUUCCAGCUGGAAUUGGACUGGGGAUGGGAACGGGAAUUUUCCCUGUCCUUGUGGAAUGCUGGGAGUUAAAGGUCAGGUUUGGAUCAGGAAAAACAAUGGAAAACUCAUGGAAAACUAAUGGAAAACUCAUGGAAAAGGAAUUCCUGGAGAAGCCUUUGGUGCCCGAGGCUGAGCGGAAAACCUGGAACAGAAGCUGGAAUGGGAUUGGGAAUGGGAGCUGGAAUUGGACUGGGAAUGGGACCAGGAAUUUUCCCCAUCCCUGUGGAAUGUUGGGAGUUAAAGAUCGGGUUUGGAUCAGGAAAAACAAUGGAAAAUUCAUGGAAAACUCAUGGAAAACUCAUGGAAAAGGAUUGGAAAAGGAAUUCCUGGAGAAGCCUUUGGUGUUCAAGGCUGAGAGGAAAACCUGGAACAGGAGCUGGAAUGGGAUUGGGAAUGGGAGCUGGAAUUGGACUGGGAAUUGGACCAGGAAUGGGAUUGGGAAUGGGACUGGGAAUGGGACCAGGAAUUUUCCCCAUCCCUGUGGAAUGCCAGCAAUUAAAGGUCAGGUUUGGAUCAGGAAAAACAAUGGAAAACUCAUGGAAAACUCAUGGAAAAGGAAUUCCUGGAGCAGCCUUUGGUGCCCGUGGCUGAGCGGAAAACCUGGAACAGAAGCUGGAAUGGGGUUGGGAAUGGGAGCUGGAAUUUUCCCCAUCCCUGUGGAAUGCCGGGAGUUAAAGAUCGGGUUUGGACCUGGCAAAACUCCAGAAAACCCUUGGAAAACUCAUGGAAAACUCAUGGAAAAGGAAUUCCUAGAGAAGCCUUUGGUGCCCGAGGCUGAGCGGAAAACCUGGAACUGGAGCUGGAAUGGGAUUGGGAAUGGGAGCUGGAAUUGGACUGGGAAUGGGACCAGGAAUUUUCCCCAUCCCUGUGGAAUGUUGGGAGUUAAAGGUCGGGUUUGGAUCUGGCAAAACCCUUGGAAAACUCAUGGAAAACUCAUGGAAAACUCAUGGAAAAGGAAUUCCUGGAGAAGCCUUUGGUGCCCGAGGCUGAGCGGAAAACCUGGAAGAGGAGCUGGAAUGGGAUUGGGAAUGGGACCAGGAAUGGGAUUGGGAAUGGGACUGGGAAUGGGACCAGGAAUUUUCCCCAUCCCUGUGGAAUGUCGGGAGUUAAAGAUUGGGUUUGGAUCAGGAAAAACAAUGGAAAACCCUUGGAAAACUCAUGGAAAAGGAAUUCCUGGAGCAGCCUUUGGUGCCCGAGGCUGAGCGGAAAACCUGGAACUGGAGCUGGAAUGGGGUUGGGAAUGGGACCUGGAAUUCGACUGGGAAUUGGACCAGGAAUGGGAUUGGGAAUGG